CACACGUAUUGUCGUUGUUUCGUUUUUUUUGGGGGGCCUUCAAACGGUCUCUCGGUACUAAAGACUACUGAAAUUGAAUAUAUAUUAUCCCAGACACGAACACAAACAGCCAAGAGAGUUUGAAGAGAAAGGAAGGAAGGCAAUGAAGGCACCCAGGAAGCCGAUCCACGCAGUGUCCACAUGGCUUCGUCGGCAACCCCCGAAGAUCAAGGCCUUCCUAGCCGUGGUUUCAGGCAUGACGGCUUUGGUGUUCCUCCGGCUCGUUGUCAACGACCACGAUAAUCUCUUUGUGGCCGCCGAGGCCAUUCACGCCCUCGGAAUCUCUGUCCUCAUUUACAAGCUCAUGAAGGAGAAGACUUGUGCUGAAUCCAUUCUCUACACCAGGUUCUGCGCCUUGAAAAUUGGUUAUGUGUUUUAUUUAUUUGCAGGACUUUCACUCAAAUCGCAGGAACUGACAGCUAUUUUUCUAGCGGUUAGAUUGUAUUGCAGUUUUGUAAUGGAAUAUGAUAUACACACGGUACUUGAUUCGGCUACUUUUGGGACAACCCUUUGGGUUAUUUAUAUGAUUCGUUUUCAGCUCAAGUCCAGUUAUAUGGACGACAAAGACAACUUCCCAAUUUAUUAUGUGCUUGUGCCUUGUGCUGUUCUAUCUCUGGCUGUCCAUCCCACAACACAACAUAAUAUUUUGAACAGAAUUUUCUGGGCUUUCUGUGUUUAUCUAGAAGCUGUUUCAGUGUUACCUCAGCUUCGGGUCAUGCAGAAUACAAAGAUUGUUGAACCAUUCACUGCUCAUUAUGUAUUUGCACUUGGAGUUGCAAGGUUCUUGAGUUGUGCACAUUGGGUUCUCCAGGUUUUGGAUACUCGAGGACGCCUACUGACAGCUCUAGGUUAUGGAUUGUGGCCUUCUAUGGUACUACUCUCAGAAAUUGUCCAGACUUUCAUUCUUGCAGAUUUUUGCUAUUAUUAUGUCAAAAGCCUCGUCGGCGGACAGCUUGUCCUACGCUUACCCUCUGGAGUGGUUUAAGUUUAACAACAUGCAGGAUCAGCCCAUUGCAUUCACAGAUAAUUUGAAACCUAGACUUAGCUGCUCUCUCAGGUUGUAUCUGGGCCAUGUUUACUGUUGUGGCCUGCGAACGAUGCUGAAGGAGGCGAACCGAGAACUUGUGAUGCAUUAAUUUUGGGUAAAUAUGAGAGAAUAGUCCGCGUUAUCUAGUUUUAGCAUCAUCCUAGUAUUUAAUAGAUGUUAGUCAGUUGGAAUCAUUAUUUUUUAAUCUAAGUUUGAACAAGAAUUUUCUAAUAGAGAAACUAUUUUUCUAGCUA